GUCUCGAAGAAUGUAAGUUUGGAUUCACUGAUUGAGGCGCAGUCCGGGUGUACUUGGAAGUCAGAGCACUUUUUGUUCGGCCCCCACAGAUCUGAGGAGCCAAGUUGUGUCCAUCCUCAAUUCGACUUCGCUGCCUCGCAAUCUCACCCAAUUAACCGCUGGCACAGCCGCACUGCAGACCAACAGCCGCUGAUGCUUGAUAUGCCUUGCUCCUGCCCUCACAUGAGGAGAUAUUGCCAGUCUCGAAGCAUCUCCUGAUUUUCGCAGCCUGUAUCUUCCUGCACACCACUGGGCCUCUUGUUGACAGACCGCGAACGCGAGUUGGUUUGAAGAGCAAUCAGCGAGAUGCCGCUCAAGAACUUGCUAAAGAAGAAGGAGAAGAUUGAGGAUGAUACACCGUUAGCAUCUCCACUACCACAAGCCAAUGAGUUCACCUUCGUCCGCACAGACACGCACACAGAAGAGUACAUCAGGCCUCCUGCAUUCGACGACGAGCGAGACGUCACUGCUGCCGAACCAAAGACACCAGAGAGGAGAUCUUUUGGACGCUUUCGCAAGAGCUUAAGCCGUAGCCCCGAACCCUCGGAUACUUCGUCGCCAGAGAAGGAAAAGAAAGAACAUAGAAAACUGUCUGAGCGUCUGCACCUCAAGCGAGAUCGUGCCGAUAGUACCAGCUCGGUCAACCUGCCGUCAGAUCUUCCUGCCAUUGAAGAUACCUUCACGGCUUCGAGUGAUCGCCAGGAGGCGGAAGCAAAAUGGGAAGAACGUGCUACCAUCCUGGCCAGCAAAAGCCCCGUCAUACCUGCCACUGCGCCGAUAGGAGAGAUGGAGAACCUCGGCUUGGACUCUAGAGGUCAAUCACCUAGUCGACCACGAAGUAUCAACGACCCAAAAAGUGACAUUGACAUUCAAAAGGCAAUUCAACUGCAUGAAUCUGGUGAUCUUGAGCAGGCAACAGUGAUGUUCGGGCAACUGGCGGAGUCUGGCAAUGUCCUAUCCCAGGUACUUUUCGGCCUAUCUCUACGCCAUGGCUGGGGCUGUCAGCCGGACCCCACAAGAGCGGUAACCUAUCUGUCAGCUGCUGCAUCCAACUCUGCCACAAUCGAGUCAGACGCUCUAAAGGCAGGCAUGAAGAAAGGAGGCGCUGCGAAAGGUGAACUUGUCCUGGCGAUAUUUGAACUGGCAAACUGCUUCCGGCACGGAUGGGGAGUUCCUGUUGACAAAGUUGCCGCAAGACAAUACUAUGAGACAGCGGCGAAUCUAGGAGAUACCGAUGCCAUGAAUGAGGCAGCUUGGUGCUACCUCGAAGGAUUUGGGGGCAAGAAAGACAAGUUUAAAGCGGCACAACUGCUCAGAUUGGCGGAAAACAAUGGCGCAAAAACACUGGGGAAUUCUUGGUGAGUUUUGCCUAUCGCGGUUUGAGAAGUAUAGUCUCAUGGCCUGCCCUGUUUCUCGUAUCCUCCCCCUCCCUCGCAAACCGCAGCAGCCUAUCCCCUUGUGGAAUUUUGUCACAUUCGCCUUUCUUCUUUUCAGCUCAAUCCGGCCGAAAUAU